GAACCUUUGUUCAUUAGUCGUGUUCUCAUACCUUUACCAUGUCCAAGAGACGCGUGGCUUACUACUAUGAUGGCGAUGUCGGUUUUUCACAUAUGGGACUCGGUCAUCCAAUGAAACCUCACCGCAUACGAAUCACUCACGAUCUCGUUUCAGCGUACGACAUGCUUGAUAAAAUGCAUAUAUUACGGCCAAAGCGUGCCUCUCCGGAGGCUAUGACGUCGUUCCAUACAGAUGAGUAUGUUCACUUUCUGAACCGGGUUACUCCAGAGACUGCAGAGCAAUUGACCUAUCACGGCACGAGGUUUUUAAUGGGUGAGGACAACCCAGCAUUCGAGGGUGUUUUCGACUUUUGCACAAUUUCUGCAGGAGGUUCUAUAUGCGCAGCGCAACGUAUAUCAUCUGGUGCCGUGGAUAUUGCAAUUAAUUGGGCUGGCGGGCUACACCAUGCGAAAAAACGGGAGGCAUCUGGAUUUUGUUAUAUCAACGACAUAGUGCUUGGGAUCCUUGAGUUGUUGCGGACAUACUCGAGGGUGUUAUAUAUCGAUAUCGAUUGCCAUCAUGGGGAUGGAGUAGAGGAGGCGUUUUACACCACAGAUCGCGUGAUGACAUGUUCUUUUCAUAAGUUUGGCGAAUACUUCCCGGGGACAGGGACGCAGGACGAUUGUGGAAGAGGAAAGGGCAAGGGUUAUGCGGUCAACGUGCCACUCAAAGACGGGCUCACGGACGAGGCAUUCAAGAGCAUUUUUGAACCGAUAGUUUCAAAGUGCAUGCAAGUUUUCGCACCAUCUGUCGUUGUGCUGCAAUGCGGCGCAGAUUCGCUUGCUGGAGACAAAUUGGGGUGCUUCAAUAUCACAAUGCAUGGCCAUGCGCACUGCGUCCAGUUUCUCAGGAAGCAAAAUAUACCUCUAAUCUUGCUUGGUGGUGGAGGCUAUACGAUAAAAAACGUUGCUCGAGUAUGGACAUACGAGACUGCAUGUGCACUCGGCAUUGAAGAUACAAUUGAUGAGAAGCUCCCGUGGAACGAAUACUUUGAGUGGUUUGGUCCACGAUAUCGGCUUGAGGUUCCGGAGAACAAUAUGGAGGAUUUGAACGUGCGGGACGGGUCCUUAGACAAGGUUAGGACUACAGCCUUGGAGCAGCUUGGGGCCUUACCGGGUCCUCCUUCCGUUGGCAUGCAUGAUGUGCCAAGGGAGAGCCUGGGACAACAUCUUGGGUAUUGGGACGAUGGUGAUGAGAAUUCGAGAAACGAACUAGACGAGCGAUUAGCGCAGUAUUCGCGUUUAGUAUAUAAUUUACAAGAAGAAGAAGAAUCAGACGAGUCGGAUGACACAGAUCCUUACCAGUGGGAGUCUGAUGACGACUCGGCUGAUCGUAGACGACGGCACAGAACACGUAUGAGCAUCCUCACGAAUAAGCACGUUGAUGUAGAUCCAGACGGACACCCGGGAAGGAAGGGUCGACGGAGGUUUUUUCGCAGUGAUACGCAAUGGGACGAAACAUACAAACGCGCACUUGCACGUAGCGCGAAUCCGGAGGCGUUUGGGCUGAGGACCGUUGGAAUUAUGGAUAUCCCCGGUGCGAUGGAGCGAGGUGGACGUGCAGGGUCAAUAAUAGAAGGCGACAUGAACAUAGAUGAUGAAUGGGAGGAUAAUACAUCGCUAUAAGCUUGUGGUUAGUAUGACAUGUAUGACAGCUGUAUUUUUAGUUUUAGGGAUAACCGCGUCCGCAUCAUGUGCUUAAUUUAAGCACGUGACAUUCGCGAUAA